AUGUCUCAACGAGCGCUAGACCUGUUCGUCCUCACCUACAACUGCGCCCAUAAUGCCAUCGAUGUGCCCAGCUUGUCAUCCAACCUCUUUAAUGCCGUCGACCAUGUGCCCGACCUCCUCAUCAUCUCCCUCCAGGAGAUGAGCCCGCUCUCACACGGCCUAAUCGGCGGCUCGCUGCUCUCCCCGUUCUUCAGUCUCAUAUCCGAAGCCGUCGAGAUCGCAGCGCGCAAGCUCUCCGGCGACUCCCCUGCUGCAGGCAACAGCGCCAACUCGGAGCCCCGCAUCUUUACGAAUGUCGCGAUCCGAAACAUUGGGAUGACGGGGAUCAUGGCGUUCUCCCGCGACGCGACCGCGAUACAAAAUCUCCAGACGGGGGAGGUGGGGUUGGGCAUCAGCUCUAUUGGGAAUAAAGGUGGUGUCGGGCUUCGCUUUACAUAUGCGGAUGCGAAGAGUGGGGGCGAGACGGAGCUUACGUUUGUUGCGGCGCAUUUGGCAGCUAUGGAGUGGGAUUGGGAGCGGAGGAACGGGGAUUGGAAGAAUAUCGUUAGACGGCUAGUCUUCACCCCAGCGGAUGGGGAUGAGGGGGGUAAAGCGGCAAAGGCAAGAGUAGGUAGUGAAGAGGCGCCGCUGCUUGUGGAGAGCGAGAGCGCCAAUGGGAUAUAUAAGCCAACGAGCCACUUGUUCGUCGCGGGAGAUCUGAAUUAUCGCACAAGCGACACGAAGCCCGGACCUGACGACUACGAAGUUUCGUUUCCGCAACCGCAUGACUCCGUGGAGAGCCCGCGGCACUACUCCUACCUGUUCAAGCAUGACCAGCUCACUCGGGAGCGACUGGCUGGAAGGACUUUCCACGGUCUUAGCGAGGCGCCUGUCACCUUUCCUCCAACGUACAAGUUUGACGAAGGCCCAUACUUGACGGCAGACGAGGAUACGAAAGCGUGGGCGUGGGCAUCGCACCGUUGGCCCAGCUGGACAGAUCGAGUUCUCUUCCUCGAGGCGCCGAAAUGGAUGGAGCGGAAAGAUGGCAAUGCAAAGAUCGAAGUGAAUAAAUACGAGCCGCUGCCACUGUUUAAAACUAGCGACCAUCGCGCUGUGCUUCUGAGCGUCAAGGUGCCAUUGGUGGGUAUUCCGGAGCCGGAUGAGGAUGAAGACGCAGCUAGCUCGGAUCCGCGCAUCAACCCGCCGUUUGAGAUCGAUCCGGACUGGAGCACGGCUCGGGCGAUUGCAAGGAAGGAGGAACUUGUUGUAGGCAUCACCGGCUACCUUACUGGAACGUGGGAGGGCCGGUGUAUCAUUGGCGGGACGAUUGCUGCAUUGGUGGGGGGUUAUUUCUUACUUCUUGCUGCGUUUGGAAAUUAA